CGCCUGCUCUUCCCAGCCUGUAGAUGGCAGCACGGUCAGGAGAGUGCGCCUGCUCGAAGUAACGAUGGCGGCGGCUGCGGAGAAGGCCGGACGGAGUACGCGGCCGAAACAGGAAAAGGGUGAAGUCGCCUACAAACAACGACUGGAGAUGAUGAUGGGAGACUCCAUCGACAACUUGGUUAAACGUAUAAUGCGACUCAUUCUACAAGAUACCUUUGAGGCCCAGUCGGAGCUACAUACGACCAUGCUGGAUCUGUUUGAGAAGAUUGGUAUCACCGGAGCUGAGGAUUGUCGGCCAGAAGCUCACGUCUUUUUCCAGCGUUUCGCUGAAAUCGCGUGGUCUGAGCUUGUGGACGAAUGCUUUGCAGAAGGAAGCAUGAAGCUGAUUCACUCUCAUUCGACCUUUUUUCAGGCUCUGGGUUUCUUACGGCGAAUAUCUUGUUAUAUGCCUUGCAUUAAACGGAUGUGGGAUAAAAGAUACCGAAUAGUUACAAAUAUUGGCAUCAUGCUUGUCUUUGACGGUGAAAUUACUCACCUACGCCACUUCAUCUGGCAGGAGUGCUUGAAAAUCCUUUACAAUUGCCUAGUCUUAUGCAAUGAAGAUGACAUAAAAUAUAUCUGCCAAUUGCAAAUCUUUAACUGCUUGGAAGUAGCUUGGAAAAUAUCCGAUGAACGGUUGAACCUUGGGUUACUUGUGAAAGCAUGGUUGGUUUUAGCUGAGCAUUAUCACAUUCCAAUUUGUAAGCAAACCUGGGAUCGAUCCUCUUUCCCCCAAAUAAUCCAUUAUUUGUCAAUGGAAGAUGAAUAUGAGAUGCCAGGGGUACAUGUUGCUAGAAAGGCCAUUCAGGCUAUCACCGAUCCUGCAGAAUACAAGAAAAACCCUUAUGUGCAUUAUAACCGUAAAGCAAGGUAUAUAUCUACAAUUACUGACACAGAAACCAAGCCACCUGAAACCUUCCCCAUCAUAUGUUCUUCGCCACUCUGUAACGAACUGGAAAAUAACCAGUGUCACUUCCGUACUUGUGACUCCUGUCGCCUUACGUAUUACUGUAGUAAAGCCUGCCAGAAAUACCACUGGAAGCAUGGUCACAAGGAAGAAUGUAUUCCUGUGUAUCCAAGGGAGGAAAUUUUAAAAUACUAUACAGAUGAUGUGAUAAAUGACUUUCAACUAUACUGUAUGAGCCUGUCAAAUAACAAGAUGCUGGAAUGUAUUAUGGGCCAACCAAUUCCAAAACGUAAGAAGGGAGAUGGGAUUCGCUGCUUAGGAGUCCUCAUCAAAAAUGAACAGGGUCAGUGGGUUACUAUUGAAGAGCAAAUCCCAGAAGUCAAGAAACAUGGAUUUCCUCACAACAGAAGGAACAGACCCAAAGACUAGUGUUCUAUUUAGUCAGAUAAUAUUUUCAUCAACAGUAUUUGUUAUGACAAAUAAUUAAGAUGUCAUUUGUUGCCUGAACUGAAAAUUUAUUAUUCUCAAUUUGUUUCACUUUAGCUACCACUGAGAACAUUUGAUUAUGGUUCUAUCUUAAAGAGUCCAUUCCUUGUUCCCUUUUCAAUAAACUAUUUUUCAAAGUUUUGUAAAAUAGCUUUGCACGAAUUGUUAAGAAAGAACUCCCAUUAGACUGAAUGAACUUUGAGAAAAGGCGAUCUGAUUUGUGCUUUGUUCCAAACUUUUUAUUAUCUUUUAUUGAGAUAGUGUGGCCCUUCAAGCCACGACCCCCAGCAAUCCCCUGAAUUACCCCUCGCCUAAUCACAGGACAAUUUACAAUGACCAAUUAACCUACCAGAUGGUACAUCUUUGGACUGUUGGAGGAAACCCGUGAGAUCACAGGGAGAGCGUUCAGUCUCCUUGCAGGCAGUGGUAAUUGAAGUGGGUUGCCAGCACUGUAAAGCAUUGUGCUAACCGCUACGCUACCGUGCUCUAUAAAGCAGCAAAUUGUCAUACUAGUUCAUGCCAAUUACUGUCAGCUUCAGUGAUCCAGGUCCAGUCCUGAUCUCAAAUGCUGUCUGCUACAACACAAAAUUGUUUUUUUGUCUUAUAAUCCUGCCAGAGCUCUCAGGUCUUCUAUCAGUCUCUAAAUUUAAACCAUCUCCCUCAAAAAAUAAUUGGCAGAUCAGCUUUUUUGAACGAAGCUCCUAAACUGUGGAAUUCAAUACCUAAAACUAUAAAGGAUACAGACUCAGUUUAUACUCUUAAACACCAACUCAAAACCUAUUUAUUAAACCUUGCUUUUAACUAACAUCUUUUUGUCUUUUAUUUUCAUGCUUAUUUUUAUAUUUGUACUAUUAUCCCAUUGUAAAGCAUUUUUCAAUAUAUCAUCUGUAUGAAAAGUGCUCUCUACAGUACUGUGUAAAAGUCUUAGUUAGAUAUACAUAGCUAGGGUACCGAAGAUUUUUGCACAGUGCUGUAUUUGUCAACGUGUAGUGGAGAACAGUUUUGUAAAUCUAGUGAGGGUGGAGUGCCAUGGGACAGGUACCAGAGAAAGAGUGCCAGAAUUGGGGUGUGGUGAGAGUGUAGACACAUCCAAUCCUGAGACCCAGGGUAAAGUCAUUUGAUUCCAGACAGUUGGUGUAUUGAUCAUUACAGAAUGUUUCUCUCAUACUUCCCACUCCCUCCCCUCUCCCUUGCCCCUUUUCCCAACCUUGAUUUCCCCUCUCCCUGCCCCCUUCCCACUCUCAGUCCACAAUAGAGACCCACAUCAGAAUCAGGUUUAUCAUCACUCACCUAUAUCAUGAAGUUUUUUUUUGCGGCAAUCAUAAAAUUACUACCUGUACAGUACUGGCUAAAGUCUUAGGCACCCUAGCUCUAAAUAUAUGUAUAACAUUAUUCAUGAUGAUUAGCCUCUCUGUCCUGAGGAAUGCUGAAUCUUAGAAUGGUACAGCGCAGAAAAGUCCCUUUACACCCAUUUUAACCAGGCCCACCAUGUUGCAUUCACAUUCAUCCCGUUUACUGCAUACUUGUUCUUUAAACAUUGCAUUUAUAUAGCACCUUAACAUCAGAAAAUGUCCCUUGAAAGUGCUGUUUUGUAAUCAGACAGAAGUGAAACUGAACUAAGAUUUAUAACCUUUUCAUAAUCACUAAACAUACUAAUGUGAUUUUUAAAAAGCACUGAAUUUUAGAUUAAAUCAUUGAGCGGUUAAGUUCAGGUUAAGCAUUGUAAUUGUAAUGAAAUCGAUGGGUAAAUGUUUAAAAUGGACUUGUACGAAAUUGUAAGCGUUUUAUCUGUAAGUGGAAAUGUAUUUCAGUUUGAAGUUUAUUAUGUGGUGGCAAUGUAUUAUAAUUGAAAUUAAAUGCUCAGUGUCCAUAGCGACUGCCAAUCUAAAUAUGGCUGUAAAAUAAAUUGUAUUUCUCAAAGGUUAACACAUCAUAAUUUGUCAUUUAUAGAUUCAGAAAUUUCAACCAGUAAUUAUGUGUUUUAACCCUAACUUGCAUAUAAAAUUUUGUGAAGAACCUUUUGAGGAAAUGGAGGGGC